UUCUUUCCAUUUCCUUCACCUCGUCUUUCCUCUUCCCUCCGAUCUACGUAUCUAUAAAAGAGUCGAUCACUGCGAUCUUCCUUCCUUCUCUCUCAAGCUCUCUCUCUCUCUCUCUCUCUCCAUCGGGAUCUCAAAGCUUUCGCCUAGCUGGGCAGAAGAGCUCCGUUGCUUCCUUCUCUUCGCUCGGUAUCUUCUUCCCUCCUCAGAUCUCGCGCCGCCAUUGCCGCCAUCUCCCUCAAUCCUCCGCGAUUCUCGCUCGCGAACGUCCUUUACUGGGAGUGCCGCGCGCGGGGGGUCACCAGUGUGCUUUCGCUCUCGGCGGUGAAUACGACGAUGCCGAUGGCGAGGGAGUGACGAUGGGCCGCGCUUGCAUGGAUCUCGGGGCAUGGGACUGCUAGGGCUGCGGGGCGUCGGUGGGAUUCGCGCGGGUGGUUCGGCAGGCGUUCAGGCAUGGACGCGGACAAGGGGAUGUCCUCGGACAACAUCAAGGGGCUGGUGAUGGCCCUGUCUUCCAGCCUCUUCAUCGGUGCCAGCUUCAUCGUCAAGAAGAAGGGCUUGAAGAAAGCCGGGGCUUCUGGCGUUAGGGCAGGUGUUGGAGGUUAUUCUUAUCUGUAUGAGCCUCUUUGGUGGGUCGGCAUGAUUACAAUGGUCGUGGGAGAAAUUGCGAAUUUUGCAGCUUAUGCGUUUGCGCCGGCAAUCCUGGUUACUCCUCUUGGUGCACUGAGUAUUAUAAUUAGUGCUGCACUUGCACAUAUUAUAUUAAGAGAAAAGCUACAUAUCUUUGGGGUUCUUGGUUGUAUACUAUGUGUUGUUGGAUCAACAACGAUUGUACUUCAUGCUCCUCCAGAGCGGGAAAUUGAGUCUGUCAAGGAAGUGUGGGAUCUUGCUACAGAGCCAGCCUUUCUACUGUAUGCGGCUUCAGUAAUAGCAGCAGUCUUCACCCUCGUUGUCCAUUUUGUGCCACAGUAUGGACAAACGCAUGUGAUGGUCUAUAUUGGUGUGUGUUCACUUGUGGGGUCGCUAUCAGUCAUGAGCGUUAAAGCACUUGGAAUAGCUUUGAAGUUAACUUUCUCAGGGAUGAAUCAGCUAAUAUUUCCUCAAACAUGGGUCUUUAUCAUGGUUGUGGGUACCUGUGUGAUCACUCAAAUGAACUAUCUGAACAAGGCUCUCGAUACAUUCAAUACUGCUGUUGUAUCACCAAUAUACUAUGUGAUGUUUACAUCACUAACUAUUUUGGCUAGCGUAAUUAUGUUUAAGGACUGGGACCGGCAAAAUCCAACUCAGAUAGUGACGGAGAUGUGUGGUUUUGUGACAAUCCUUGGUGGUACUUUCCUUCUCCACAGAACGAAGGACAUGGUGGAUGGCUCACCAUCUUUAUCCUCACGGCAUUCUAAGCUCACGGAAGAUGAUAAUUUUGACCUAGAAGGUAUUCCACUACGCUCAGCUGAGUCCUUGAGAUCCUCAUAGAUGCUAUUUGCUUCCCCUGAAGUUGAACCAUAAGGCCAUCCUGUGUUUCGUCCCACUUUUGGAUGACCCUCCAUUUGAUUCCAAUGAUGGCCAAGAUCGAAGAAAUUCUUUGUCAAGGGUCCAGUCAAUACGAUGAAGUUUCACGUGGCAGUGGACGCGAUACUCAUAAAGCUUCCACAUGAUGCUGUUCCUGGAGGAACAUCUUUCGCAUUGUAAUAGAGAGCGCAGAGUUCUUGUGUACUUGUAUUUCCGCUCAAAUUUGCAGAGCAAAUGGAAUCGUCUUGAUUGAAAUUUAUUAACUAGAAUUCUUUUUGGGUCGACUAUCAGAUGGCAAGAGUAUUGUCUAUAUUGAUGAGCCUUUUUGAGGAAAUUGAUGUCAAACAGCCACUGCUGGUGCUAGUGGGGUAGCAUUCAACUGAGGAAGUCCAUAGUGCUUGCAAUGCUGCAGAUGCUACGUUGCGUUUUAGUUCCUGUUCUGAACUUCUGAAGUCAGGCCUUAAGCAUAUAUUUGUUCUUUCUUUAGUUUCUUAGCUCAUUUAAAGUUUAAUUUUAUCAAA